GCCUUGAUUGGCCGUGGUGCGCUAGGGCGCGGAUAGUGGUCCCGGGCUUGAGCUGCUGUGGUCGCCGGUCUAGAUUAACUCUGCUACGCGCCGUGCAAGAUGCGGAAGGUGGUUUUGAUCACCGGGGCGAGCAGUGGCAUCGGGCUGGCCCUUUGCAAUCGGCUGCUGGCAGAAGACGAGGAGCUUCACCUGUGUCUGGCGUGUAGGAACCUGAGCAAAGCCGGAGCCGUUCGUGAUGCCCUGCUGGCCUCUCACCCCUCCGCCGAAGUCAGCAUUGUGCAGAUGGAUGUCAGCAGCCUGCGGUCGGUGGUCCAGGGUGCCAAGGAAGUCAAGCGAAAGUUUCAAAGAUUAGACUACUUAUAUUUGAAUGCUGGGAUCAUGCCUAAUCCCCAGCUAAAUUUCAAAGCGUUUUUCUUUGGCAUCUUUUCAAGAAAUGUGGUUCAUGUGUUCUCCACAGCGGAAGGACUGUUGACCCAGAGCGACAAAGUCACUGCUGAUGGGUUCCAGGAGGUGUUUGAAACCAAUCUCUUUGGCCACUUUAUCCUGAUCCGGGAACUGGAACCCCUUCUCUGCCACAGCGACAGCUCCUCCCAGCUCAUCUGGACCUCCUCUCGCAAUGCCAAGAAAUCUAACUUCAGCCUUGAGGACAUUCAGCACAGCAAAGGCCUGGAACCCUACAGCUCCUCCAAAUACGCUACCGACCUUCUGAAUGUGGCUUUGAACAGGAAUUUCAACCAGAAGGGUCUGUAUUCCAGUGUGAUAUGCCCAGGGGUAGUACUGACCAAUCUGACAUAUGGAAUUCUACCUCCCUUUGUGUGGACAUUGCUCUUGCCGCUGAUAUGGCUGAUUCGCUUUUUUGCAAAUGCUUUCACUCUGACACCGUACAAUGGAGCAGAAGCGCUGGUGUGGCUUUUCCACCAAAAACCCGAGUCUCUCAACCCUCUGACCAAAUACCUGAGCUUCACCACAGGCUUUGGGACUAAUUAUGUCAAGGGUCAAAAGAUGGACAUAGAUGAAGACACCGCUGAAAAAUUUUAUCAAACCUUACUGGAACUGGAAAAAAGCGUUAGGAUCACUAUGGAAAAAUCAGAUCACCCCAGCUGAUAGCGACAUUCUCCUGAGCAUCCAGUACCUUCUGUACCUUCUGGGGCACAUGGCUUUCUGUUGUGCUGGAUGAUACACACUUGUCGUAAACCAUAAGCCAUGAUGAUCUCUGCUCCUACCUUUCAGAAUGAUCUCUAGGACUCUGUGUGCGCACAUGUGUGCAGGCAUGCACACACAUGUGAGAAAGGUUGGGCAAAGUAGAGGACCCAAAUAAAUGCCUUCCAGAACAGUGUCCUUUCAGAAUUGCUAGAGGCUUCCUACAGAGCAUCUGCAUAGAGCAUUCUGUCACCUGGAGCCAGUAGAUGAAGCUUGAGUGACUGGGUUCGGGUACAGCCUGAACCUCCAUUUAGUCCUGGCAAGGAGGGGGCAGUGCUCCUUUCCUUUCCUUUCCUUUCCUUUCCUUUCCUUUCCUUUCCUUUCCUUUCCUUUCCUUUCCUUCUUUUUUCUUCCUUUUCUCUAUGUUUGUUUUCCCGCUCUCUUUAUUUUCUUCUUCACAUGCUGCUUCAGAUAAUCUUACACGAUCGGCCACCGAGCGGUCCCCACGUGACUGCCCGCGGUCAAUCUCAGGAGCAAAGUGUGAACACUUUGGGCCACGUGCAUUCUUUCUUUUCUUUCGAAGCGUUUUGUUUUUUAUUGGAGUGGAAGCCACGGUGAGCCUGGUCUUCAGUAACAUGGGCAGAUGUGUUUGUUAUGAAGAGCUUAUCUUCAUGGUCGUAUUUCACUGGAAUUAAAUUUAUGGCAAAAGUUAUUUAUUCACGUUUCAAUAAAAUGUAAAAACAAAUAGAAAAGUCUGAGACACUACUAUGAGGCCUAGUGCCGGCAUCUGGUGCACAGUGGAAGGAGGAAGAAAUAGUUCAUUUGUGUGUGUCUGAUGAUGAGUUUUCCAAAUCCUUUUCUCUAUGAAACUGAAAGAACCACACCUGAGCAUCCUUUGGUAUAAGUCAGAAUGCUAAAGAUGACUAGAUUUUUUUUUUAUCAUAAAUAAAGCCAUUCCAUUACCUGGGAUAUAAGGUAAUCCCGGUAAAAUUUUGAAUGAAAGUCAAAAAAUGGUAUAUUAAUAUAAUUUCCCUACAGCUGGUGCUAUGAAAAUUUGCUGAUUAGAGCUUCUCUAAUUUUAUUGACCAAGAUUAUUUGUAAAGAUACAGGUGAGAAUGAAUGCACGCCCCUGCCCCUCCCCCAUCUUUGGGAAAGGAGGGUGGAGCUUAGCAUGAUGGCUGUUCUUUCAUUUUCAUCCACCCAGAACUCCCAUUUGGAAAGGGCUCCUCCUCCAUGGUAGGCUCACAUUUCUCACGUGUGAAUUGAAACCUCUUUUUUGCUCAUGGGUUUGCAAUGAGGAGGGGAUUGACGAUCUCUGUGGACCGUGUGGACUGCUAGAGAGUGAGGAUGUUCCUUAGAGAUCAGAAAGCCAGAGCAUGGGGGUUCAGACCCCCCCACACACACACACCUUGUAGGGCGCUGACUGACCACAGUCCUUUUGACGGUUCUGUUCCCCAAGCAUUUCCAGGAGGCAGCAUGGGACACUGAAGGAUGGAAUGGGGAGAAUUGUAGGCCCUGGGGCUGGGCAGUCAUAAUCUAAUCUGGCCUUGAGAGUGGAGUAGCUUGGGCUUGGGUUGUUGGUGAAUUUGGAAAAACAUGCCCUUUUCCAGUGUUGUCAGCUUACGACCAGCAGGUUAUUCAUUUCUUUUUACCAGUUGGAUUAGUAAUUCCCUCUGGUUUCUUCUUGAUGCUGAUGUCUCUUCCUUGUCUGUGGUACAGGAAGUUUUCCAUUUUGCUGGUGUUUUCAGAGAACCAUGUUUCCGCCUCACUGAAUUCUUUUCUCUCCCCAGUUUCUUAUAUAUUUUUCAUUGAGAUUUUAGCUCUGCUUGUUUUAAUUAUCUUCAUUUUGCUUUCAUUGGAUUAAAAUAAAGCAUUUUCCAGUUUCUAGACAUAAAAACUUAGGUUACUUGUUUAAAAGCUUUUCUUCAUGGCUAGGGUAAGUGUUUAGUUAUAAGCAUUUAAUGACAGAAAUAUCCCUCUCAGAUGGUUUAACGGGAUCUCAUGUUUGCUGACAGGCUACCUUUUAUUUUCUUCCUUUAAGCCCUAGACUAUUUUAUUACUUUCUGUUGAGGUUUCCUUUUAUGAAUUAUUAGAAGUUAUUUAAUGUUGAUACUUUUAGAGGUUUAAAAGGUUGGUACUUGACUGGGGAGAUGCUCAGUGGUUGAGAACACUGGUUGCUCUUCCUGAGGACUCAGGUUCGAUUCCCUGCUUUACCUCAUGGCUCACAAAGAUAUAAAACUCCAGUUCCAGGGGAUCCAAUGCCCUCUUCUGGCCUCUGUGUAUACCAGGCGUGCAGAAGAUGCAUAGGCAUACAUGCAGACAAAACACCUGUAUACAUAAAAGUAAACAAUUCUUGCGAGAGCUGGUACUGGCUUCUAGGUAUAGUCUGUUGGGGUUUUCUAGUUUCAGCUUGGUAUAGUCAGAGUGCAUUGAGUCCUAGUUCUGCAUGAAAUUUUUUGAAUUUUGUUUAUGGCCCAGGAUCUGAUCUGCCUGGAGCAGUCUGUGGUUUUUCCUUCACACCAUGCCUGCUCGUAUUUCCUCCUUAGAACACUGGGGAUUGCUCUCUUUGUACCUUCUACAGAGUUCAUGGCUGCUUUCCCAGCAGGUGUCGUGUGGGAAGGCCACACCACGCUAUUGAAAACAGUAUUUCUCAUCUUCAUACCGGUCUUCGUUUCUGUUAUAAUUUCACUCUUCAAUUUCCUGUGUUCAGUUAGUUUUUCCUGUUCUGUGUCCAUUUCUGGUUUUAGUUAUUUCAAAAUUUUGAUGAAUUUUAUUGUUAAUUUGUAUUAUUUAUUUGUUUUUCAUGCUGGGGCACAUUGAAUUUAGGGCUGUGGAAUCCAUCCUCUCCUUUGUGGGUGAUCCCUGGGCAGGCAUGCUGUACAUGAUAGUUGUCAAUUGAAGCUUUUAGUUGGUGCUGUUUUGUUUUCUUCACGCCUCAGUGAGGUCUUUUGAUAGUUGAUCGAAUCUAACAUUCCAUCAUGGACCUCAGGUUUUACCAUCCUUAUCAACCUUCUGAAAAACAAAACACGAAACAUUUACCUGAGGGCUGGAGAGAUGACUCAGCACCUAAGUGCUCUGACUGCUUUUCCAGGGAACCCAGCUUCACUACCCAGCACACACAUGGUAGCUCACGAGCAUCUCAAGUUUCAGAGGACCCUGUGUUCUCUCUGGCUUCUGUGGGCACCAGACACAAGUGGUGCACAGAUAUACAUGCAGGCAAAAUACUCAUACACAUUAAAAUAAAUCUUAAAAACAGAAUUCCAAACGAAAAAAACAUUAAUUUGGGGGGGAGUAUAAAGUUGUGAUAAAACUAAAAUCUGUGCAUAUCACCAAAUGCUUUCCUUCUUACACUAAAAGCCGCCUGAUAGGCAUCUAGGAGCAGGCUGCUACCCAGGUUCCUUUUCCUGCUCCUCUCCAAGCUAACCUGGAGUGCACCCUCCCGUCCAGCUUUUAGGAGCCCAGCCACAUUUGAAGCCUUUACUCUGAGAGACAUAUACCAGUGUUGAAUUACUUUAUUUUUCUUGUUUUGAUGGAGUGUGCUUUAGAAAUCACCUAUUUUGUGUCAAACUGUGUGUUCACGUAUCUUGCCAUUUCCUGUUUGAUUUUCAACCUUUGAACAUAAGAGAUAUUACCUAUAUAAUAAAUAAUGAAGCUCUUGUCUAAACAUCUUUUAUUUAUCUAAAAUUUGUACUUGUUUCGCUUGCUUAUUGUCCUCUGACAUACCAAAGGACCAGCUCCAAGACCUUUUGUUGUUCUGACUUGUAUUUAUAGUGUUCAAUCAACGGCUGGCAUUUACAAGGCUCUUGAUAAAUAUAUGAACAAUUGAUUGAACAAGUGUUUAUAUGAAUAAAAUAAUUGUGCUAUUUUG